GGGCCCUUCCCCGUCACCAGCUCAAUCUCUCUCUACCUGUCGGUAAAGACAAUCACAAAGAUUCCUUUUUUUUUUCCUUCAGCGCGCACCGAGUCUCUCAAUAGAAUUAACGAGGCAAGAGGAAGAGCAGCGAAGUUUCGACAUCGAUCGAUCGAUCUCUCACCAUGAGUUUUAUUUUCGGGAAGCGGAAAACUCCGGCAGAGCUGCUGAGAGAGAACAAGAGAAUGCUGGAUAAAUCAAUCAGGGAGAUUGAAAGGGAGAGACAGGGGCUGCAAGCACAGGAGAAAAAGCUUAUCGUGGAGAUAAAGAAAACUGCUAAGCAAGGACAGAUGGCAGCAGUCAAGGUCAUGGCAAAAGACCUAAUUCGAACAAGGCAUCAGAUCACAAAGUUUUAUGCACUUAAAUCACAACUCCAAGGUGUAUCAUUGAGAAUUCAGACACUGAAAUCGACACAAGCAAUGGGAGAGGCAAUGAAAGGUGUUACAAAGGCUAUGGGACAGAUGAACAAGCAGAUGAACCUACCUGCACUACAGAGGAUAAUGCAAGAGUUUGAGAUGCAAAACGAGAAAAUGGAAAUGGUCAGUGAAGUCAUGGGAGACGCCAUCGAUGAUGCUUUGGAAGGAGACGAGGAGGAGGAAGAAACUGAAGAACUAGUGAACCAAGUGCUCGAUGAAAUUGGAAUCGACAUUAACUCAGAGCUUGUCAAGGCACCUUCAACUGCAGUCACAAGCGCUGAGGCAAAUAAAAAGGUUGCUCAAGUCGAAGCUGCUUCAAGUGAAGGUGGUGGAAUAGUUGAUGACUUGCAAGCUAGAUUAGACAAUUUGAGAAAAAUGUAAAUUUAUAUAAAGUAGAUGAACACAAGGGUGAUCAGAACUGAGAAUUAAUAGUCGUCCCAUAAAGUUGACAUAGUAAUGUCCUUGUUAUCUUGUGUUGAAUGAUACCAGAAAAUGUGGGUGGCAAAAAGACUAAA